AACCCCAAAACCCUUAAAUGCAAAUCAUCAAAGCAACCCUCUGACCCAAUCAAAUAUUUAAACCCACUCUACUCUUCAUUCCCACACUCUGAAAGCUUUUCUGGGUUUCCCAAUUCAGACCCAGAAACUCCGAUGACGGGGAUCGUAAUGGUGACGAGGGGCGGCGGCUGCGGCGGAGGAGGCGGUGGUGGUGGGUGUAAAGAGGUGAAGAAGAGCGCGGCGGAGGAGCAGAGCCAGGUGUCUCUGGUGGAUGUUCUGUUGGCGGCGGUGAGGAAGUCGAUGGUGGCUUGCCGUGUGGAGAGAGGUGAGGAGGUGAUCUCCGCCGUUAAUAAUACUAUGGAGAUCGGGUGGCCGACGAAUGUGCAGCAUGUGACGCAUGUGACGUUUGAUCGGUUUAAUGGGUUUCUGGGUCUGCCGGUGGAGUUUGAGGUUGAGGUUCCUGGUCGGGUUCCGAGUGCUAGUGCAAAUGUGUUUGGCGUCUCAGCAGAGUCAAUGCAGUUGUCUUUUGAUUCAAAUGGAAAUAGUGUGCCUACUAUUCUCUUGCUGAUGCAAGAGAGAUUAUACUCACAAGGAGGAUUGAAGGCAGAAGGAAUAUUCCGUAUAAACCCGGAGAACAGCAAAGAGGAGUUUGUGAGAAACCAGUUGAACAGAGGCAUUGUGCCUGAUGACAUUGAUGUCCAUUGCUUGGCCGGCCUUAUCAAAGCCUGGUUUAGAGAACUUCCUUCAGGAGUGCUAGAUGGACUAUCUCCUGAAGAAGUUCUGCAGUGCAACACAGAAGAGGAAUCCUUUGAGCUUGUGAAGCAGUUAAAACCAACUGAGGCUGCAUUACUUAAUUGGGCUAUUGGUCUGAUGGCUGAUGUUGUUCAGGAAGAAGAACUCAACAAAAUGAAUGCAAGAAAUAUUGCUAUGGUUUUUGCUCCAAACAUGACUCAGAUGUCUGAUCCACUAACGGCUUUGAUGCAUGCUGUUCAAGUGAUGAAUCUGCUUAAGACCCUGAUUAUGAAAACACUAAGAGAACGUGCAGAGACUGAUGAAACUGGAGGGUAUUCACCCAUGUCAUCUUGUUUAUCUGAUCAUCAAUCAGAGGAAGACUUGUAUAGUCAUCCAGACUUGUAUAGUCAGCCAGACUUGUAUAGUCAGCCAGAUAUGGAUGCCACCUCUGAAUUGAGAGGAGGACUAACAUCAGAUUAUGAUGAAAAUGCCCACUACAGCAACAGCAGUGAAGAUGAAGAUGAAGUCCGGCCACUCAGUGACAUAGAAGAAUGCUUCUUAAGACGAUUGGAUGAGAGGAGAACCACCCCAAAUAGCAUGGAAAUGGUGAAUAAACCAACUAGUAAGUCACAUGGUGAGUAUCCGAGUCCUCAGAGUUGCUCAAGCUUCAACACGGAAUCUGGCACAUCUUCUGUUGAUAGCAAAAUUCGGAAUUCUGGUUUGUGUGCAAGUUAUGGCGAAGACUCUGGGAAAUGCACUGAUAUGGGGAGCCCUUCAGGAUCAUGCUCAACCUCGAAGGAAAUGGAUAUGGAGGACAGAGUAGUGGAGUCUGUUUCAACUAGACCUAGGCCAUUGUUUGCAUCUACAUGACUGGCAUGUCAUUUUCAUUUCCACUUCAUUUCCAGUGCGAUCAGAUUAUGCUUAUGCUGCAGAUUUCGGUUUGUUGUCCACAGUCGGUUUGCUUCUGUAAAUUAGUGGAUGCUUUCAGUGAGGAUCUAGUUGGACCAAGCGUGGGAGUGUUUGGUUGUGGUUGAUCCUGAUUGUGACAUUUGAAGAAGGAAGGGUUUAGCUUUGGGCUGAAGUUGUGCUUGAUUUGUAAUAUUGUAGGACCUUUAACCUUGACAUUUCAGUUGUCUGUCUAUUCCAUCAUACUGAUGGUAUUCUGUGUGAAAGUGAGAUUCUUAGGGAGCUUGUGUUAGCUUUA